CCUUCGUUGAAGUAACAUUGCGGCGAUCGGAUCAGCAAGUCGUAUUAUUCAAUUGUUCGGAAAAAUUUUAUUUCGAUUUUUGAAGUGCCGCAAAAUUAAUUCCACAUUCGAUACGUACGAUACAUUAAUUCGGAACGUUGCAGAUAUUAUUUCACUUUUAAUACAUUUUAGAGUGCAAAAUCAUUGUCAGAGUUUAAUAUGUCGAUGCGAUAAAAAUUAUGAAUACGUAAUUUUUAAGAGAAGAAAAGUGAUUGUAAUCGAAGUGAAAAAAUUUGGCGGAAAAAUAAAUAGUUUUAAGAAUAAUGAAUAAUCGCCGAAAACCGACUCACGGCCGAUGCGUGGUGCUGACAAUUGCUAUCAUUGCGUGCAUGUUGGCUGUAUUUAUUAAGACGGGUGAAGGCAAGCCUCACAUCAGGCACCACCGGGACGGCUCGCACUGCAGCAGAUGCGGUCCAGGCUGGGGCGUGAUUAGCCGCUGCGCCCGCGGCCGCGACACCGUGUGCGGAAAGUGUCCCGCUGGCACGUACAGCCCGCAUCACGGCACUCAGCCCUGCUGGAACUGCGCCAGAUGCGGCCCGGGUUUAUACGAGGCACAUCCGUGUACCUCGCGCACCGACACCGUCUGCGACUCCUGUCAUCGUCCAAUGCCGGACAAUCCCGAUUAUCGGCGCAAGUGUGAGGGUCGCGCGAGGUUCUUCCUCGCACCGGAGGACGCGCGAAACACCGCCGAAGAGAGCGUGCUGGUGAACGAACCGGCGUACCGUUUCCAGCUCAACGACAGGGAGCAGAUACUCGAGAGAGACGUGGAGGCUAUCCUAAGCGACAAAUCGGCCGCUCGAUCAAAGCAUCUAUCGAGAAUCUAAUUAUCAUAUGAAUUCUAAUUCUGAAUAAAAUGUAUUAGAGUACGUAUUCUUCGUUCAUCGCGGAUAAGAUGGAAACAAAAGGUUUUGGAACAGUAUUAUUCAGUUGUUACAAGAUUUUCGAAAGAUUGAACUAGAAUACUCAAGAAAUAAGCGGAUCACGCAGAAUAUAAAAUCUGAUAGAUUCGAAAAUAGAAAAUUAGAGGAAUAAUGUAUGUAUGUUCGAUAUCCAUCUUUUAAUACUAGUCAAUUAAUAUUUAAGAGAAUUGAUAUUUGAUUGAGAAGUAGCGUACGAUCUCGGUACAAUGUUCGGUUUGCAUUCAAAUGGAAAUAUAUUAUUUUCUCUUGUUCAUCCAUUAUACACACACACACACACACAGAGGAAUUCCGAUUAUUCUGCAUCGUACAAUGCAACAAAUGGAAAAAGCUCUCUAUAUUCCAAGUAUAAUUAGCAAUAUCAAGUAUAAGUAGCAUAUAAAAAAGUUUCUUUUCUCUUAUACGAGUAAAUGAUUAUUCUUUCAAUAUUAAGGUCUACGUCGCAUAUAUAUCGUAAUAAAAUAUUUAAUGUAAUUCAACGUUAUCUGCGUAUAGGUGCUACAGAUUAUUUUCCAGCUUUUAUAUCGAAAUUUUUAUACAGCCAUUUUUGAAUUUUAGAAUAUAUUUUUAUGAAAAUUUUUGUGAUUAUAUUUUUCGUGCAUUUGAAUAUAUAAAUUUUGCACAUAUCACAUAUAUGCGUAGAAAACUCGCUGUUACCAUUGAUUGAUGAAAAGCUCGUAUACUUAUAACUAAUCGAUAUAUUCGAAUCCACGUAAAUGCGGUCUUUCGAGUUUCAUUUGGGAUUAGCGCGACGCGUAAUGCAGAUGUCAGAGGUCGCAUUUAGUUUUUGAUUAUUAUUUUCCAUUUCAUCGAAAAGCAUUUUGGUGUCUCCGGUGAAUUCGAUAUUCCUGUCAAAUAUUCGGCAUUUUUGGGUCGAUCAUCAGCAGAUGUGAUUUAAAUAAGAUACAAGCGAGCGCUGCAAAUUAUAAUGUCCAUGUUGCUAUUCAAUAUGGCCGUUUACAUUUUUUAAUAUUAUUUGUACAUAUACAGUUCUGUUUACGGAUAUAGAUCUUUUUGUCUACUACACACAAACUUGCGGUGUGAAUAAACUUUGAUGCUAUAACAUUUCCAAAGACCUUUCGAUAUCAUUAUGCUCUUAUUUCGUUAGAUAGGUAAUGCUCAUCUCUAAUUGAUACAUUAUAUAUAUCCUAAUUUUGAAGAUUGCCAUCUACGGCUUUUUUUACUCGAAAGAACUGAUUAUACAUAUCGAUAAACGAGAAUGUGCCAAGUUCGAUACGUUUAAGAUGAAAGUUUCGUCGACACAUGUUCUCGUUUGAUUUCAGUAGAUAAUAUUAUAUCGGUUCUCAACAGCGCGUUAAGCUUCCAGAAAUUAUUUUCGAAACGAGAACGCUGUGGGUCACUUAUCAAAAAUAGAGAAGCCAAAGUAUACCUAUUUUAUUUUAUUUUGACUUUCAUCUUUUUAAUGAUACGUCACGAUUGGUUCAUCCAGUAUAUUUAAAAUUAAGGAUAAAACAAUAGAUAAAAGGAAAUUACAAAUAAACUAUUUAUAUAUGCAAGAUAUUCCAAAAAAUAUUUUACGAACAAAUAUAUUUUCGGAAUUAGACAUAUAUAUAUAUAUAUAUAUAUAUAUAUAUAUAUAUAUAUCGUUUUUUUUAUUUAUUUGACGAUAUUUAUACUUAAUAGCAAUUCGAUAUUUAUACUUAUAACAAUUUGAUAUUCAAUUAAUUCUCAUUGGUUAAUCCCCUUAAGUGUCGCGCAAUUGAUAAAACUGAUAGGACUAGCAAUUCGGCGAAUUAAGUUGACUCUAAUAUCGUUAUAUAAAAGCUCGCAUUCUUAGUGUGCAUUUAAAGUUAAACGCGACUCAAUUUUAUCUAUAUAUUUUUGUUUUUAUACAUAAAUGUGAAAUUCAGAGUAGACGAUUGUAUCUAACAUUGAAUGAAACGACAAAUACAAAUGAGAUUAUACAAGCCAACAUGGCUUAUUGUCUAAAUCUAGAUACGUUGAUAAGAUAAUUUACACGCGGACUUCGCCACGAGACGAUACAUUAUCACAGAAAAUACUCGAAUAACAUCAAUAUCCAUUGUUGUAUCUGCAUAUCUAAUCAAAUAUUUUGUGUAUUAAUUACUUCUUGAAUCAUGAAACGUUUGUUAUUUCAUAUAUUAGCAAAUUUCAUAGUCAAAUAAACACAUGUAUGCGUAAGUAAACAAAUGUCAAGUUACACGCAAUUGGAUAGAUCAGCCAGAUGUGGCUUAAAUUAUAACGCUAUGAAAGAAAUAUAUCAAAUAAUACUAUUAAUUUAUCUUGAUACUACACUUUUAUGAGUAAGUUAUUUGUAAAUAUGUCAUAUAAUGAAACACUAUCUAAACAUUUCUAUCGCUUUAUUCAUCAUACCAUUUCGAUCCUUUAUCGUAUAUUUAAUUGUUACGUUCGUAUGAAGAUACAUUUUUCAGGAACAUAACUUUGGAAAAGUUCAUUCAAUAAACAGCAAACAUAGGACGCAUUUCUUGAAUAGAGAUUGUGGCCCCUUUAAUAUAGUUGCUUGUACUUUCAUGUUAUAACACUAAUCACAUUAAAUCAACGUUCGCAAUAACUUUGACAAUUACAUAAAACGAAGCGACACUAUCGAAUAUAUUUGAAUAAAUGGAGGCAAUUGUCGGACUAAUGAAAGAAUCGAGAGAAUCAAACAGAUACAAAAUAAAUCGGUAAUUUUCUUUUCACUCUGAAAGGAAGAAAGAACAUUUAUGAAUAUACAUUUAUGAAUAACAUUUAUGAUGAGAAUCGUUAAAAUCAUACUUGGAAGAGAAAGAAAAAUGUAAAUAAAUAUACGUUCUGCAGGAGUCUAAAAAUUACUUUCGCAUAACGAGAUUGAAAUGCGAUUUUCAAACUUUCUUAAAUUUAUCUUAAAGCUUUUUUAAAACUCUUCGAAGCUCGGAAUUUGAAGGAUCAAAGGAUGAAUUUGUAAUAAAAAAAAAAAAAAAAAAUAAGUAUAUUCGAACAAUGUAUAUAGCUAGAACAAAAAGAAAUCCGUUACAAUAUUCGCUGCGAGAUGAACGCCAAGAGAAAUAACAGCCAAACUCAGCUGGAGAUCAAGAUCAAUACACGUCCAUUAAUUCUAAUUCGACUUUAAAGCCGCGACGGUCAGGAGCCAACAACAGCCACGGCACAACUCUUGCGUAUGCUACACGAAGCAAUAAAUAUAAUCUCGAUAAUUAUAAAAGAACGAAAAAUCAAAAUCUACGAAUAUUAUCAUACGAUACAUUCGGCUCGUUCUUUGCAGAUAAUUACUCUUUUCCACUCGCCGACUGUUUUUUUUUUUUUCUUUUUUUGGAAGGCAGGGGAAUUGGUUCACAAUAGAGAGGGUCUACUAUUAAAUUCCUACAAUUCCUUUAAAUUUCUCCUUUAAAUCUGUACACGAUUAGACCGUAAUGAAGAAGAGACAACGACAGAGGAUGACAAUGCGAGAAGAUAUUUCAUGGGACACAUGAAAAACACUCCCUUUAAUUUCUUUCGCGAUCAAAGAAAUAUUUUUAAGAUGUUAUACAUUCGAAUAUCCGAAUGUUGAAAUAUCCCGAUAAUAUUGUGAAAUAAUCUUGAAAUAGAAAGAAAUAGGCUCUACAAAUAAUUUAAUGCGCAUAAAAACUUAAAAAGAAAUUUUUGAUAUUACGUCGCAUCUGACUUUGCGAGUAUAUUCAAUUGGCCAACUAAUCCCGUAAAUUCUACAGUAGGCGUAACAAUGAAAAUUACACGAGUAGUACCAUUCGAGAUAUUCGAAUUACGAAUAUUCGAUUGUACAUUGUGUUCGAAUAUCGAAUCGUAUCGACAUUGAUUGCUUCGAUCGCCGGUUGAUCGGAUCGCAUCGCCGCAUAAUAAUCUAACAAUUGUGUUUCGCACACACAUUUCUCUCUUAAUAUAUAAUUCCUAUAUUUAUAAUAUAUAUAUGAAGGUAUGUAUAUAUAUUUAUAUUGCAUAUAUAUUAACGUAACUUUCAUUUGAAUGUUAAAUGGCCCGCACACGAUUCAUCAAUUCGCGUAAAUUUUUUGCAUAAUGCUUAUCUAACGUGAUUUGAUUUUAACAUUGCCAACAACUUCAACUUCAUUUAUUUGUGUUCGUAAUAAUUUUUUUAAAGCGUCGAAUCAUGUACGAGUCUUUAAAUCUAAGCGCAAAACACGUGGUUUUCACCUCUAUAUUAUAAUAAACGAGCGUGAACGCAAAGAUAAAAGGAUAUUAUUAUAAAUCUCGUUGGUUUUCUUAAAACAUAAUUUUACCGAAUAUCUAUAAUCUUUCUCGCAAAUCCAUGACUGGUAGUCGAUAGUGGCGGUCGAAGGUUCAUGUCAAUCAGUUCGUUUAUUUUUUUUUAUUCAUAAUUUUCGGAAGAACAAGUCUCGAUAAAAUGACAAACUUAUACUAUGAGAUUCGUUAAAAAAAGUUGCGUGCAAUAUAUAUAUAUAUAUAUAUAUAUAUAUAUAUAUAUAUAUAUAUAUAUAUAUUGAUAAAAAUUACAAAAUGUUUGAUAAUUAGUACAUUAUUAGAUAUAUAUAAUUUUUAUAACAUUGUAAAAAAACUAUGAAUGAAAAAUAUACAUCACAUUGACAUACAUACAAUAUAAAUUAUAAAAUUUGCAUAUAUUACAUGUACAUUAAAAAAAAAUCUGUUAACGACACCACACAACAAAUUGUUACACCGACAAUAAUUUAUAUUUUUAGAUGUGUUUCGGUGCGCCAGUGCUAUAAGCGUUGAUUAAAUUUUUAGCAAAACACAUAUUAUAUAGAAUUUGUAGAUUACAAAAAAUCAUUAUUCCUUUAUAACAGCUUUUGAAAUAUUAAUCACAAGAAUGAAAGGAGAGAAAAUGUAAAACGCCUAUGCCUUUUUUACAUUACUUAUGAUUUAGCAUUGAUUACACAAUAAAAAAACCUAACAGUAAAAUAUUCAAAUUCUGUCGCGUAUCGUAAAAUAGUAAUGAUAGAAAAGGGAAAAAGAUAAUUAUAAUAAAAUUCCAUUAUGCACAAUAAAUCAAGUUAAAAAAAAAAAAAAAAUCUGAUAAUGCCAUGUCCUCUCGACCAUUACUAGCCAAAAUAUGUGACUAAUAUAAUCUAAGAAAAAAAGGAAGAAUAUAAUAAGGACUUAGAAAUAUGGGGAAAGGAUACGCUACAUAUGAAUAUGAAAAAUAUACAUCUUACUUUCCUGAAAAAUAAAACAUAAAUGGAGAGUAAGAAAAAAAUUUGAGCUUGUACGGCUACAAAUAGUGCAUAUGUAGUUCUCGUAAAUGUUUAUAGCCAUUUGUAAUUAAUUCAAAUUUUAUAUGUACAAUUGUGUAAAGCUUUAUAAAGAUCGGUAAUAUCUCACUGAUCAUUAUAAAGCGAUAUUUAUCAUUUAAAAUCAUAUUUAGAGCUGCUCUUUCCAUUGUUAAUAUUAUAAAACGCAUUUCGCAAAACACACUUCAAAUAUUACCUGUACAGAGUAUAUACUCUAUUGAAAUAUACAUCUUACGUAAAAUUCUCAAAAUAAGUAAACAUACUUCUACAACUACAAAUCAUUACUCUGUGAUUUAGAUUUCAAUUAAUGACAUACUAAGAUUAUAACAUACCACCCACUGCAAUCAUUUUGUAAACAUAAAAAUGACCAGCCAUGGAUUUAUCAUAUAUCAAUAUCAAUAUCAAUAAUAUAUAGAAAAUCUAGAAUAUUAAUCAAAAUCAAGAUUAGAAUAGAGCGCAAUUAAAUAUAAAUUCUACUAAUUAUACAAUAAUUAAAUUGCAGCUGUUAAUUCUAAGGAUAUAUCUAUCCGAUAAACAGCUAAUAUUAUACAACUAGUCAUUGUGCCCAAAUCUACUCUCGCUCGCGACAAUCUCAUAGCGAAAUAUCGAUGCGAAUUCGUGAAUCUAAACGGAACUUAUGAUGCAUGGAUACGAAAUGAUGCAACAAGGAGACAUUCACAUACAGAGAGAAAUAUUCUAGCUUCAAGGAUCUGAUCUUAAUGACUCACCGAUAUUAAGAGUUAUACAAAUCGUAACGAUAUAGAGGUAAAUAUGUAUUAUAAAAUUAAAUAAAAAAAAAAACAAAAAAA